GUGAGUGUGUCUUCAGAAACCCGUCCGUGUGGGAGCAACAAUCACAUCAAAGAUGGAGACCGUAAACGCUGGACAAAUGAUGAGUUUAGCAGCUCUACAGAGACAGGACCCGUACAUAAACAAACUGCUGGAUGUUACCGGACAGGUGGCUCUCUACAACUUCAACUCCAAAGCCAACGAAUGGGAGAAGACCGAAAUCGAAGGCACCCUGUUUGUUUAUGCAAGGUCUGCCACGCCUCACCAUGGCUUCACCAUCAUGAACCGACUGAGCACAGAGAACCUGGUGGAGCCGAUCAACAAAGACUUGGAGUUCCAGCUGCAGGAUCCCUUUCUGCUCUAUAGGAAUGGCAACUGUGAGUAUUUUGCUCAGGUGGGUGAAACCGAUGCGUCUGCAGAGCUCAACCUGAAAACAGCUUUCACCGCCACAGAGCAGAGCACACCGAAGGCUGAGAAGGUACAGACAAUACACCAACAUAGCUCUCAUACGAUGGUGAAGCAGAUCACAGUUGAGGAGCUCUUUGGCUCGUCCCUCCCUAAGGGCCCCUCUCUACCCAUAAUGCCCACACAGAACUCCAGCACUGCUUCCAGUGACCCCUCCACUGCCUACCUCCAGAACCAGCCUUACCCCACUCCAGCCCUCCAGACCCCGCUCUUUCCUCCCCAUCACUCAUCCCAGGACCCUGCGUCAGGUCAGCGGCACCAGGUCCCCGGCCUGCUCCCAGCUCCGUACGCACUGCAGCCCGGCUCUGUUUUCCAGUCGGCGGUCCCCAGGUCGGACCCCCAACCGCGGUGCUCAGUGUCCCCCCUCAUGGUGGUUCCAGCCGGCCCAGAGCCUCACGCUGCACCAUCAGCACCUCCUACGGCGUAUUUGGGACAAGACAUGCUCGCCACCCUCAAAGUGGCAAUGCCCUCUGUGAAUCAUGACCUCCACAAACCCAUCCUGGCACCCAACUUCCUGCCAAACAGGCUGUUCACCCCCCACAGCUUCCAGGAGCCCGCGGUGAGACCGUCCCUCCAGCACAGCAAGGAGAUGGAUGUCUUCUCUCCGCCUCCAAACCUGAUCAAACCCAUGUCGGCUGUCCCCAUGAGUCCUGGUUUUGCUGUUCCGGGGCCAGCCUUUUCUUUGCUUCUCUCCCCCAGCGCCUUCCAGCAGUCCUUCAGUCAGACGUCAGCAGCCCCCCCUGCCCCCUCCGAGCCCUCCUACCCGUCCUCAGGAGCUUUAGAGCCUCCACAGGCAGCCUGCAGCAAAACACAGCUACAGGACACUCUGAUACACCUCAUCAAGAGCGACCCAGACUUCCUCAGUGCGAUUCAUGAUGCGUACCUGCAGAGCGUGUCCAAGGACUUCAGCAACAUGAAGCUAUAGUCUCCUAAGCCAUCACCACUGUCCCUCUCACCGACCUUGAGGAAUCCUCAAUGAAACGGGAGCUAAAGGAAGUGAAGCUAACAGGUUGUCCACACACUGCACAUCGCACAGCGGCCAUUAAGCCCUCUGCUCCUGACUCUGAACUCUGAUGCUUUCCCCAGUUGGCUUGGAUCAGUUUACUGCCUGUUUAUUCAAACUGAACUCAUGUGGAAAAUAACGUUGAGAUAUAACGUCCCAGUGUGGCCUUGACUUUUCAUUUCAACUUUGUAAAUGUGAUCCAACAGUCGACCGCUCACUGGUGAAGUGAAGCUGCGGACGGGGCCACAGUGGAGCGAACCAUUUUUUUAUUUGACCUUUGGAAGGAUGAUUUGGCAGCUUGAACAUUAUGGGAAUCACAGACAAACUGUCCCACUGUGGCGUUAAAAAGGACUGUCCCUUAUUGAACUUUCUCCUUCAGAGUAAUGCUGCCAUCUCUUUUACUGUGGCAAUGUGUCUUUGUCAGUGUUUCAUAAAAAGGAGGAGAUUGAAGAGGAAUACUUUUUUCAAACAUGGUUUUUGUCUGGAGAAGCACAUUCUGCUCAAUCUCAUAUUCAGUUCCUCUUAAAGACAAAGAGACGAAUGCACAAACCAGCUUCUUUGCUGCCUUUCCUUUCUCCACAUGUCCCCAUCCCUUGCUCUUUCUCCACAUGUCCCCAUCCCUUGCUCUUUCUCCACAUGUCCCCAUCCCUUGCUCUUUCUCCAUGUGUCUCCUCCACCCUCUGAGCUCAGUGCGUCAUGUCUCGGAGGGGAGCGUGCAAUAAACGACAGUCACGAUGCCUUUAGGGAAACCAGCAUUUGGGGACACUUUAGCAAGGUACGGUAGAGCUCAAUGUAUCUGAACCUCUGGGUUCUGGUUGCGCAACAAAAAUAUGAGGAAACAUUUGCAAUUGGUUUAUGAAUAUUGUUUGCAUUCAGACCUUAAUAUUUAAUUUCCUAAAAAAAUAGAAGGCUGAUAUGCUUCUGAUAGCUUCAGUAUGAUUCAACCAGUUUCUACUAACAAUCCAAGAAUUAUAUAAUCAUUCCUGUUUCAAAAUUUAUUUUUCGAGAGCGCAGUUACUUCACAAAGACUUGAAGACAAAAAAUAUUAGUGGUAACAUGUCUUUUUUUUUUUGCAGUAUAAUGCUACUGCAGCACAGAAACGUAGGCCCAGUGGGAACAGGAAGUUGAGUGGUCUUUGAACAAAGAAAACUGAAACUAUACAUCAGAAAAAUCAGCUCAAAGAUUAAGAGGAAAAUGUUUUGUGUGACUUGUGGGCAUUUUUGAACGGAUCAAUAACAGGUUUCCUUUUCCAUGUUGUUUAACAUUCAGCAUGAACAAGACCAUUAAACAGUUGGUAAAAGCACGAAUAUUUAAGUUAUCAGCCUUUUUAAUUGUUUGAUGUCAGUAGUCAUGUUACUGUUCAGAGGUCUAUAUUAAAGUAGCAAUCAAUAUAAAAAUUCACUCCAGAAACUUUAGUAGUAGAAAUGUUUCUUUGUUUGUGUGCUGCAAAACAUUUUUUGCUAAGGCUCUUUUUCACGUGAGAAACAUUUGAAAGAUACCUAUAAGGGAGUCAGAUUAAAUUCUGCUGAAUACCCGUUUUGAUGACUCCACAACAUUGCAUUUGGACUGCUAUUUGAAUGUGUUUUUGAUUAAUCAAAGUAUGUUUGUGCCUGUCUUGUUUUCCUCUGUCCUGAAUAUUUAGGUUGACCGCUACAUGAUUUCAGUACCAGAUGUUAACCACUUGUUUUUUUUGUGCAAAUCAAGACUCAAAGUACGAGGGCGCAAAAUCAAAUAAUGUGAAUACUUAUUUGCCCUGUUAUCAUUUUCAUUUCAGAAGAAAUCUUGCCAAAACGUCUGGCAUAUGUUGGGUAAAUAAACGCGCACAGGACGAAUGAUUGAAAUGUAGAUUUAUUUUUAUCCCGGUCAGAUAUUUAAGAUUUUAAGGUUAUUUUACGCUUUGCUAUAUUUUAUCUUAUUGGCCAGAUAUAUGACUUUGGGAAAGUCUUUGCAAAUGAUAUACAUUUUUCCAAGAGUGUUGCAACUGUAUAUCAUUUUGACUAUUUUGUGAUAAUAAAGAACUGAAAA